AUGGACAGCGAUACAGAAUCAGAGGGAGAUUUCAUUCCCUCUGCAGCUAUUACAUCCGACGCGCCGUUCGUUCUUCGCCAACCGCAGGCAACCUCCGACCUCAACGUCUUAGACGCCAUCGGCGUCCUCGUUGCCACAGCUCCAAGAGCUACCUCUCUGGGAUCGGAUCCGAAUCUUCAUACCAACGUAGUAGCAGCCUCUUCGUCCCUGAACUGCCUCCUGGACGACCUGUUACGGGCAGAUGUGAGAGAAAGGCUGGAUAUAUGCGCCUCAUUCGAGCUUUUUCUGGAACUUCUAAGGGAAGACUUCUUCGUCUCGCUAUUCACCCACCGCAGGGCGGUCUACUCCAUCUUGCGCACCCUCGGCGACACGUCCUCCAUCUCUGUACCAUGGACUGACGUUCUGUUGCUUAAGAUGUGCCGGAUCGUCAAUCUGAUAUCUUCCGGAUAUGCUCCAGUCGCAGCUUCCACUCAGCUUCUCGAUGCGCAAGCUUUGUGGGCCGUCAGACAAUUGCCGCAGGACACGAAAGAUCUUGCUCCCGCUACAUACUCUACGUAUGCGUCUCCCGGGAUGCGAAAAUUAGCUCUGCAGCUUGUCUUUGCUGCAUGCAUCGUCCGUCCUGCGAUGACUGGAGACUUGGGGCCAUCCAGCAUAACUAUCACUCCGACCGAUAUCGAAAGUGUCGCUCGGUACUAUGGCGACAUAGCUGCUCGUCGUGCGGGUGGACUGGGUGAUGACGAGAAGUUAUCAUGCGCCAUGGCUACUGUUUUGUGUGCAACCGUUUCGAUGGAUCGCGCGUCCGAUAGCCCAUCUCCCACCUCUCGUCCAUACUUCAUCUCACUCAUUUUCGGAUGCUUACAUGCGCUAUUCGACGUGGGCAGGCUGACUCUGCUCGGUGAUGACCCGUUGGACCCUGCGCAGCUCGUAAUCCUAAGCUGGGGUCACGUACUCCCAUGGUGCUGGCGCUGCUGCGCUGAUCCGCGUAGCGCUGACAUGACGCUAGUAUCCUCAUUGACGACAGCGUGGCUUCGUCAUCAAAGCCGGGGUGCCACAGACGACGGAUGGAAGAGCACCACCCUCGACCUGCUUAUGCGUGAUCUCCCUCUGUCUGCCACGCACAUACUGCAACUGCUCUACCGGAUCAUCGAUACAUUGCACAAUGAAGAGCAAGCUCAUCACGAAGGAGUGACACGCCUCGCUCACCAAGUCUGCUGGUCAAUGGCCCAGCUGUCGGACCCUCUACUCGAAGGACGUAUUAUGUUCUUUCCCGAUACAGUGCUCCAUCUCUGUACGAUGUUUCUACACUUCAUCGGUGGCGCCGAGACUGCGUUGAAUGUGGCAGAGUCUGCUCUUCAAGCUCUGCUACACGCUGAGCCAUCGGACGUGCGCACUGCCGCAGAAAGACUGGCUGAAAGUCUUGACUUCCCGACAGCGCUCGACCGAGCCGUGACGACCAUUCGAAAGUUACUCGCGCAUCCAAGCGGGAGAGUCCGACCAAGGCCAGCUCAGAUGCUGCUCGCAUUCGUGACUGUCUUCGGCCAUCGCGGCGCAACGCUUCCCCAUUACAAACCUACCAUGACGAUGCUAAGCUCGGCUGUAUCUGAUCAUGUCUGCGCCGGCGUUCAGUCUUCGCGGGAGCUAGCCGUGUCCCUCGCGAUAUCUGCGCCCUACCUAGGCGCUGGAGGACGUACUCUGUCUGAGGAGGAGGUUCUCAGCAUACUUUACCCCGAACAGCCACAAGACGCAAGCUCAUCAUCAGCUUUGGAUCUUCUAUGUGCCGCGGCGGUUUCAAGUUACCUCCUGUGCAGUAGCUCCGCGCUGCAAUCCAUGUCUGCACUUCUGAAGGCAGAAGUCUGGGAUUUUCUGCGCGAUGCCCUGACGCUCACGAUCGAGCGGCGAUUCGUAGGAGAAGACGAGGCAAUGUCCGUGCUUGUCGCGCAUUUGAUCGGACGCGCGUUAUCUCGGCUGAGGGGGUGUAGUGACACUGUAUUCGUGGAGCAUGCGGCUGAAUCUUCCUGGACAUCGUCACUACGCUCUCAACGUGACGCCCUCGUCAAAUCGGACUCGCCACAAGACGAUUACGUACGAAAGGAGUUGCGAGCAAGGCUUGCGCCCGACGAAGAACUGAUCUUUCACCUCGCGCAGGAGAGUCACAAGAGCUAUCAAGAUAACGACCAGGCUGGUUUCGGGACGCAGCUUGUCUUUCAUAGCUUUGCGGACUCGGUGUUCUUGAUCCCUGUACUGCUACAUGAUGCGUAA